AUGGCACCUCGACGUGCUGCCUCCUCCGUACCAGCAGGGUACAAGGAGGACCUGUCAAAGGGAAAGAUGCUUCGUUUUGAAGACUCGCUGCCGAGGCUGCCUGUCCCUACGCUAGAGGAGACUGGACGGCGGUAUCUCAAGUCAGUACACCCGCUGCUCUCCGCCGAGGAGUACAAGAAGACAGAGAAGGCAGUGUCAGACUUCAUCAAGCCCGGUGGUGAAGGUGAAGUCCUGCAGAAGCGCCUGAUUGCUCGAAGCGAGGACCCCAAGACCGACAACUGGCUGUCUGAGUGGUGGAAUCAGAGUGCCUACCUGGCCUACCGUGACCCCGUUGUGCCAUACGUCAGCUACUUCUACUCGUACCGAGACGACAGACAACGACGGGACCCUGCUAAGCGGGCUGCUGCCAUCACCAGCUCUGUUCUUGAGUUCAAGAGGCAGGUCGAUGAUGGAUCCCUUGAGCCAGAGUACCUCCGCAAGGAGCCCAUGGCCAUGAGCUCGUACCAGUACAUGUUCAAUUGCUGCCGUAUCCCCGCUGAUGGCGAAGACUACGCUCAGCAGUACCCGGCUAAGGGCAACGAGCAUAUCAUCGUCAUGCGCAAGAACCAGAUGUUCAAGGUUCCCACCAUGAUCAAUGGCCAGCAGCUCAACACCUCCGAGUUCCAGAAACAGUUCGAAACCAUCAUCAAGAAGGCCGAGCGAGUUCCCGCCGUGGGAGCCCUGACUUCUGCCAACCGUGACUUCUGGACUGCCGCCCGCAAGAAGCUCCUGGCCGCCAGCCCUGCCAACGAAGACGCCCUGAAGACUAUCGAGAGCGCCUCGUUCUUCGUCUGCCUCGAUGAUGCAUCUCCCGUCACCCUCGAGGAGCGUGCCCACGUCUACUGGCACGGAGACGGCGCCAACCGCUGGUACGACAAGCCGCUCAACUUCGUCAUCAAUGAGAAUGGCACAGCCGGAUUCAUCGGCGAACACUCCAUGAUGGACGGCACCCCUACCCACCGUCUCAAUGACUACGUCAACCAGCUCAUCUUCAGCAACGGCCUCGACUACUCUAACCCAUCUAUCCGCUCUAACCUUCCCGAACCCCAGCCUCUCAACUUCGAGCUCAACCCUACUAUCCUCGAGGACAUCUCCACAGCCACCAAGGACUUCGAAGCCCUCAUCAACAAGCAUGAGCUCCGUGUCCAGGCCUUCCAGGCCUACGGAAAGGGCCUCAUCAAGAAAUUCAAGUGCAGCCCAGAUGCCUACGUCCAGAUGCUCAUUCAGCUCGCCUAUUUCAAGAUGUACGGCAAGAACAGACCUACCUAUGAAUCCGCCUCGACUCGCAAGUACAAGCUCGGCCGUACCGAAACCACUCGUUCCGUAUCGGACGACAGCGUAGCCUUCUGCAAAGCCCAGGCUGACCCAUCCGUGUCGAGAGAGGAGCUUGUUAAGCUGUUCCGCGCCGCUGUUGCAGCUCACUCCAAGUACACUGCUGAAGCCAGUAUUGGAAAGGGGGUCGACAGACAUCUCUUCGGAUUGAAGAAGCUGAUUCGUGACGGCGAGGAGGUUCCUUCGCUCUUCAAGGACCCUACAUACGCUUACAGCGGAUCCUGGUUCCUGAGUACUAGCCAGCUUAGCUCUGAAUACUUCAACGGAUACGGAUGGAGCCAGGUUAUCGAUGAAGGAUUCGGAAUCGCAUACAUGAUUAAUGAGAACAGCCUCCAAUUUAACAUCGUCUGCAAGAAGAUAGGCGCAGAGAGAAUGAGCUUCUACCUCAACGAAGCUGCCUGCGAGGUCCGAGACAUGCUGAUGCCCGAUCUCCUUAAGGAGAGCGAGAAGGCCAAGCUGUAG